UGUCCGGGGCAGAGAUUGCGCCGGAUCUUGACGCUCUUUAACGAGGACCUCUCCUCCAGUAUCUAUAUCCGUCCUCUCCUCAUCUAGGCCGUUAUCACUCGGCGGGUCCGGAACCGAUCGGCGGCGAGAUCGAGAUCGAGAUCGAGAUCGAGAUCGAGCGCGAGAUCUCUCGCCUCGAUCGCACAAAGGCGAAUAACUGUACCGACCCCCGAUCUGUUUCGAGUCGACUCACUUGACCUCCAAUCGUGUGCACCGUCAACCGAAAAACCCGUUGCUCGAGGAACGGAGAAAGUCGCGCAGCACACUUUUUCGAUACGUAUUAUAUUAUGUUAACGGGCUCGUGAAUUUUCGUAAACUCGCCGUCCGACACGUGGGCGUCGAGAGGAGGACGACGAGAACCGGGGGGGGACAAGCGGAAGGCUACCUUUCCUCCCGCCUGGCUGCGACAUUGAGAGAUGAAACGAGUUCGCGUGUCGUUGUGUCACGCUUCUCUUCCUGCCGUGCUCUUCCUGUUUAUGAUGCCUUUUUUUCGAGUUGCUCUUUCGCCUGCAUGGAAAUCGAGGUCCGGACGCUCAAACAGGAAUUGGCGCGCACGCAAGACGCUCUAAAGGCCGCCACAAAAAAAUGCCGGGAUCUGGUGAAGGAACUGGAUCACCGCAUCUCUGGUCACGAGUCCGAAAAAAUUCUGCGGGAUCAGCAGCUAUCGAGGAUAUUGCGGGCGUUGUUGUACCUGGAGGCGCGACUCAGGCAAGAACAAAAAUCAAUUAGACAAAUGCUCUGCGAGAAAGACAAUGUUAUUAGAAAUCAGCAGCUGGAAAUUACGAUGCUCAGGCGGUACACGAAGAACUACAUUAAGGGCAAACGUGAUCGAACGACGAUAGCCGCCGACGUCGGGACAGUUAACGUCAACGUCGAGAACAAUCUGCAGAACCUCGGCGAUUUGCAAAGAGAAACGCUGCAGGAGAGCAGUAUCAGCAAAGAUAUCGCGAGCCUGAAAUGCGAGAUAAUCACGCGACUGAACCCGGCAUCAUCUGGUUUGUUGGACGAGCUUGGCCGCAACAGUGUGAGAAAGACGCACAGUUUUGCCGGCAGUGACAUCUCCAAAGCCAGUUUAACCAGCAGUGAAAACACAGAUGCAUCCAUCAUCACCACGACGACGGAAGGUAGCCCUUCGUUGCUUAGCACAGAGGGUUUUUGCGAGGGCGAAAGCACAGACGUGUCGCCUGGUUCGACUCUCAACAAGUGCUCUAGUAGGUGUACACCGACGACAGUGACCGAUAGCGAAAACGAAACAACCAUGAUCGCGGACGAAAACGAAGAGGACAUGAUAGAAGAAGGCGGUAUGACGACGACCAAGAGAAAGACGUCCCUUCGCAGGGCGAAGGGCCAGAAGACGUCGUCCAAGAAUUCCGAUGUGAUAGUCGAAGUAAUCAGUAUCACGAGGACAGAGAGUAAAGACGAUGGGAUGGAUUGCAACUUUGUCUCAGAAGAUGAGAACCAGAGCGCAAAGAUGAACAAUCAAGAAGAAAAAAAUAAGGAACCGAUUUACGUUAAUGCUUACAACGAAGCGAACGAGAAGAAUUCACAGCAGACGGAAUUGUCGAGGACAAAGGAUGAUCAUAGCAAUAACAAUAAUGUCAGCGAGGUAAAGAUCGAGACACCUGAGCUGAUGGUGGAGGAUACUAGCGGAAAUUGGUACAGUGAUCCUGAUGAGGACCGGCUGAACGACGACGUGUUCAGGCACAGCACCUAUCGACCAAAUAGUAACCACAAUUCUGUGCUGGAAUGCGUGAAUCAAAUCCUGCUGCAAGAUAUGGAGGACGAGGAGAAUUCGAUGCUGUCGGUGCCACGUCGGUUCAAGCAUCGCGGCAGGAUCGUACGUUUCCAGCCAGCUAGAUUGUCCGAUAUCGAAUCGGUGGGUUCGGAAAUGGAAAGGAGAAACUCUGAGGAAUCCGCCGCAGACAGCAAGGAUUCUCCAAAAGAAGAAGAGUCCAUGGAAAACGAGACGAGCGCAUCCGAGGAUGAGUUUGGCAUGAGAAUUGUUCAAAAAGAGUCGGACGAUGAUUCAAAAGACGACUCUAAGGCGAUUCCGCUAGUCAUCAUCGAACCUAAGAUCGAUGUUGAAGAAACGAGAAAGGCUUUGGUGAAAUCUCAAGUGGCUAAUCCUCCCUUAAAAAUGGAAAGGAUUGAGGAGAAGACUUGUCUACAAAUGUCUGCACGAGGAUUAACUAUUGCCAGGAACCUGGACUAUGAAGACAUAGAGUCAUUGCCAGAAGUAACAAUGUCGUCGCCGACGCCGCCCAGAACACCACCGGCAUUACCACCGAAGCCGCAGUUUCGUAAUAAUACUCUAAUUCUAAAGAAGAUCCCGAGUCCGUCAUUCCUAAUCGAUGAAAAGAGGCAGCAAGACUCUAUAGGAGGUAUGGAUCCUACGAAAAGAGGCAUUUUGGGAUUGGUAUCAUCAAAGACGGCAAGGAAUUUGAAUUUGGAAGAGGCAAAGAGUUCCCAGACUAGAAGUUCGACGAGGGAGACAAAAGGUCGCGAAGGCGGUGGAUUUUGGAAGAACAGAUUCAAUCAUGUCCGCUCAUCCUUUCAAGUAAGACAAAAGGAGCGAGAUCAGUCAAAAAAUGCUGCCAGAGUUACAAACAUCGUUCGGCAUUUCGAGGAAUUCAAAAUCGGCGAUCCUGAAGAGCAGACGAAAGAUAGAAAUCGUCCAAAGGAACGUCACAGUGAACUCGAUCAAGACUUUGACAUUCGGCAAAAUUUUGAAGAGUUCAAUCUGGAUGAAUGCGACUUGUCGGAUGAUCCCGAUCGGCCCGAGGGCGAUGGAUCCGAGAGAUUAAGCUAUAACGGGCUCAACAACGUCGAUCAGAACGGCGUCGUCAAAGACAACAAUAAUGUUUCUGCUAUUAAUAACGGUAAUAGCAACGGCGAAACCGGGGGAACCAGCGGAUACGAUCAUUUCCUCGAGGCAACCGGUCUCAGUAACAAGUCAAUUCUCACACCUUCGAGGUUGCUGAGCAAUCACAAAAGCAUGUUAAAACCGAAAGAUGUAAAAUAUAAGAGCAGAAUUAAGGCUACGGCAGUGUUGGAAAGGCACGGGGUGCAAACGACGGCCGGCAAUGCUACGACGCAUGUGAAACACUGGACCGGCCCGUUCGUCUGACGUCUGGCCAAUGUCCUGCCGGGCAAAAAUAUUUUUCGUCCUACAGUGUCGGCCGACAACUCACCGAUAAAGGCAAAGUUCAAAAGAUCUUUUAAUUCCCUAAGGCUUAAUUAAAUAUUUUUAGCCGCCUGUUCUCGUAGACAGUAAAUGAUUCUCGCUUUUGAAAUGGAAACUAAAAUGGAAAAAUUCUAAACAAUAUCGUGAACAGAAAAUUCUUUCUGAUGAAGUUAUCAAGCAGGUAGAAAAGAAUACAAUUUCAUUUUCUGCUUUGCUAAUAUCGUGCGUGAUAUAUCAUAAAUUAUGAUUUUUAAUAUAUCUAUAAAAUGUAUACACGUGAAUUUUUUAUAGAUUUUAAAGUCGCACUUGCAGUAAUUCUUAACUUAUUUGAUCUUUUCUUGUAAGAUGUUUAUGAUAUGUUGAUUGAACUGUUUUUGCUGUGAAAUUAUUUAUAAG